AUGACUUUCCUAGAUGUUCCCAGUAAGAAUAUCCUAGGACUUUCCCAGAUGUUCCCAGCUUUCCCAGUAAGGGUCUAUUAUGACCGUCUGACUGGGAAUGUUCAGGAGUUGGAUGGAUUCCUGCCUAGGAGACCUCCAAGUUAUGGAGCCAAUGAGCAGCAAAGGGAGGGGUGUCUGUCGUGGCUACGGGAGGAGAGGUUGCCGCUAUUCAGGAAGUCCCCCCUUUACCUGGAAUUCAAAUUUGCCCGAUCCCUGCUCCGGCCCCUGGAAGAUCCUCACCCUCUUGGCCGCUUUGGCAUCUGUGGGUACAGCCGGCAGUCUAAUGGCACAGCCUUGUCCUCUCUUCCCAACAAUCCACCCACUGCUGGGCAUCAAUUAAGUCAUCCCAGUCCAACCACUGAUGGGAACCAAGCUGUUACCCCAAUUGCCCCAGCCAGGCUGAUACCCAGGACUUUGAGUGGCUCACAAAGUGCCCCGGCAGGCUCAGGGUAUAUAUUGGGGGGUUACCCCGUACCCCUGCUGGGGCAGUAUGGAGAUGUGGUUCUGAACCUCUACAAACACGGUGCCUGUGAGGGCCACAAGCAGACACAAAGCAGGUACCUGCAGGAAUGCAGAGUUGAUGCAGGGGCCCCAGCGCCCCACUGUACAGACGAUUCAGAGAUGGGAAGGUCCGAGGGGCAAUAUCAGUGUGAGUGGGACAUUAUGGAUGAGCCGUACAGCCCCAAUGAGAGCGAGGAAACGUUUCUGCAGCAGCACAACCUCUCCAGCAACUCCCUGCAGCACCUUAAAGAGCAAGCUCUUGGGACAAGGGAAGGAAUGGGAAGAUUCAUGGAAUUUCUGGCGGAUACUCUGGGAAUCCACCUCUUGCGCUUCUGGUUGGACUGUGAGGAGUUCAGGGAAUGUUCAGCAGAGACUGAAGCCUCUUCCAACCCCGAGAGAGCCUGGCUCCUGUGUGCCCACCUGUACAGGUUCAUCCAGAACAAGUACCAGCCCUACCUGAGUGCUGAGAGCCAGGAGCAGAUCCGGCUGUCUCAGCAGAACUGGGGCCCAACAUUCCCAGCGCUCAGGAGAGCCCAGUAUGAUGCACUGAGGCGCCUGCGCUCCUAUUGGCUCCCACGGUUCCUGAUCCACCAGCAGAUGGGCCUGCACAGAGGAUUGGAUGAUAUUUCCCCCCCCCCAGAGACAGGGGAAGCAGAAAUCCCACUGGGGCCCCCCAAGCGCCGCCCCGGAACAAGAGGAACGGAUGGCGGAAAUAAUACAAGCGCCUGGGCGGGUCUCCCUAGUGGCUCCUCCCACACUCCUCUUGCCCAGAGGAUGAUACAGGCCCUGCUGGGGGACCGCCAGGCUGGGGGCCCAUUCCUGCACUUCCUGAACAGGUUCAGUUCCCCAGAGGGCACCCAGACAUUCCUACUGUGCCAGGCGUUGGCUGAACAGGGCAUCUGGGAGGCAGAAGAUGAGAACUCACCCUGGUACAUCCAAAUGCCCAAGUACAGGAAGCCCAAACAGCGAGAAGGAACACUGGAAUAUGUCUCUGAGUUUUGGGAGCACCCCUCAGGUGACAUGCAGCCAUUGGCCUGGGGGUCUGUAGGUCGGAUGGCACUGGGGGAUCUGUGUGAGGCAUCGCUGUGUUUCCUGGAGUACGACAUCGCUCAGUUCUUAGAGCACUGUGUUCCUCCCCCAAACCAGGAGUCUGAGCCAAAGAAGAGCCCCGAGCUGAGCCCCCGGGGCAAUAGGCACAAGAGGACUAAAAAAGGCAAAGCUCCCAGAACUGUUCACUUCAGAGAAGGAAGGUUCAAGCAUCAAAGGAAAAUAGACUUCACAGAACAAGGUCAAGGUGAGACAGUUUGGGGAGACCCCAAAGAUGAAGCCCCAGACCCUCUGGAGAUGUUGGAGAACAGAGUUGUAUACAAGCUGUAUAGGAAAGUUGUAGAAGACACCGAGGAGCCAGGAACGCUGAAGGCCCUUGAGACCCUGCAGGCUCUGAAAGGAACCACCGGAGGAAGGAAGAUGGUGAGGCUGGUGGAGCAAGUACUGGAGUUGGAAAGCAGUCAAAGGCCCCUCUUGAAAGGUCUUAGGAAGCGACUGGUCUCAGAUCUCCUGAAGGGCAGGGUAAGUAGCCUCAGUCACGAGGGCAUUAUAGACUUUCUCCAUUCAUGCCUCUCAGAAUCUUUUGGACAGUUUUGGGAAGAGAUGAUUGGAAGACUGAAGGAGUGUGGAGUAGAUCCUUCUGGAAAUGAGAACUGGGCACGACUGGAGCCUAUUCUACAGGUCAUUGCCAACAAAAUGAUCUUGUCACGUCUGCACAGUACCAAGAACCUCCCACAACAUUCUGCUCAGGCUCCGCCAACUAGUGAGGACAAGACGACCUUUAGACACGCCCUUUAUCUGGCAGCACAGGGAUGGCCCACCCCCGAGGUGCUUCAUUUCCUCAGUUACCUCCAGACCCACUCAGCCCAGGAGGGACUCCCUCUUCUUGAGAAUAAUCUAUUAUGUUACCUGGAGGUGCAGAAGUACAAAAAUGCCCAUCAUGCCACGCCAGACCAAGGCCUGCUGAGGACAAAGGUCAGGGUAAUCAGGGAGAGAUUCUUGCUACCCCACCCCAACCCCCUGCUGGAGCUGGACCCACACCUGCUCCAGGCCUACCUGCAGGAAUCUGAGGCUGCUCUACGCUUGGACCUACCUUCUCUCUCCAUAUUUGAUGGCCUCCAGGAUUCCUUGUGUGGCCCCCUCCUGCCAUUCUGGGCCGGAUUCCGCAAGGUGUGGCUUCUCCGCUCCUCAGGCAGCGCCAACAGGAAGCCCGAGCUUAGGGCCCAGCAGAUCCUGCGGAAGCGCCUGGCACAGUUCCAGUCUGGAGAAUCCCCCCCAGGAACGUUCCAUCUGCCUCCGGUUCCGCACUCAUCCUCUAUGGUCUCCUUCUCCUUCAGCAUCAGCCGAGGGGUCACCGUAAAGGAGAACCAGGAUCUGCAAUCAGUACCUGCAAGUCCAGCCGCGGGUAGAGCGUCGCUAGAUGCCCCAGUACCCCCUCUCUCCCCAUCAUCCCCAGGGGCAUCGCAGCCUCAAACCCCCCUACAGAGCAAAUCCUUACUAAACUCCCAAUUACCCCCUCUAUCCAGAUCAUCCCCAGGGGCUGUUACCGCUGGACAAGCUUUGUCCCCCCAGUGCUGAGCCUGGGAAUGGAAGAGCCAAUAAACAGUUGCAUCAAAUCCCUGUGUAGUCGGGGGCCACGGGGGCCGAUUCUUUCUUCUCAUCAACUGGCAAUUUUGAACAUCAAGUGUUUAGAUUAUGAAUCCCCAGUGUAGUUUUGCCCUUUGGGGGGGGCAAUUUCCAAGGAUUUUAGCAGAAAGUUCUCACUGGAUAGGCCACCUAGUGGCGAGAAAUAUAUAAACAUAUACAUCAAGUUAUUAUCCGAGUUAUAAAUGUCUAAAUAAAUAUUAUUAUAAAAACAA